UCCAUUUAUUAGUAUUAAUUUUCAUGAGAUCCAGAACUCACCGCCCAAAAUAUAAAUUCUUCCCAUCUUCAUCUUGUCGCUCUCAAUUUCGUCUCCUUCCAGUUAACGACCUGCAAUUACCGAAGCUCUUUCACAUUCUUUGUUGUUCAGUUGCAGAAAGAAAGCUUCUAGGCUUGCAGAAGAAGAUGGAAGAAUUAGGCGUAAUCGUGGAUGAUACCUUCGUGUAUAACGAGGAGAAACAUCUCACUGUUAUGAAAACCUCUCUCUUCUUUGCAGGCGAUGGCUAUACCGUCUAUGAUUGCAAGGGCGAGCUCGUGUUCAGAGUCGAUUCCUACGGUCCAGAUGCGCGCGAGAAGGAUGAAAUCGUUCUCAUGGACGCGCAAGGCAAGUGCCUCCUCACUGUUCGCCGGAAGAGGCCGAGUUUACAUCACCGGUGGGAAGGAUUCGUAGGUGAGAGAACGGAGGGACAGAAGCCAAUCUUCAACGUGAGACGUUCGUCGAUAAUCGGACGGUCGAGCAUGACGGUGGAGGUGUUCAAGGGUUCCGGCGACGAGUACCAGAUCGAGGGGUGUUUCGGUAACCGCAACUGCACGAUCUUCAAUGCGGCAAAGGAACCAAUGGCUGAGAUUAAACGCAAAGUAGAUGCUACCACUAACGUGGUGCUUGGGAAGGACGUCUUCUCUCUCAUCCUCAAGCCAGGCUUCGAUGGGGCCUUCGCCAUGGGGUUGGUGCUCAUCCUUGAUCAGAUCAACGGCGACAGUUUUGACGAAGACGGUACUGAAAUGGAUCCCACCGCAGGGGAUUAGACCCUUUUUCAUUUUCUUCUUGGAUUUUUCUCCUUUUAGAAAUAAUUCUGCCCGUUGAAGGAAAAGCCCCCAUGGGCCCACCAAUGCAUAUCAUAUGCAUUCGCCUUCCCUAUGUAUGUAUGUAUGUAUGUAUGGUUAUCAUAUCAUUAAACCGUACGGAUAAUAAUUAGUAAAACAAGAUGAGUAAUUUAGGUUAAAUUAUAAAA